GGGACUGGGCGAAACUUGGGAAUGCUCUCCUUUGGCUAAAUGUUUGUUGUUAAUUUGAAAGGCUUUGUGAGAAACAAGACAAGACCCCGGACAGAUCUGCUUGCUAUGGUGGAUUUUUUUAUCAACCUUUUUGUCCCGGUCAAGGUGUCGUGUCUUUGCUAUCGAUGAAACAAAAGGGCAUGGAAGGAUUUUCUUUGAAAGGAAAUACCUGUGUCAUUUGAAGUAUUAAGCAACAACAACCCUAAAUCAAACUGAGAGAAGAGCUGGAGCCAUGGGGGAGAGUAUACCUGGAGGAAUAGUUGCUGCUGCAAAGAACCGUCUGCAGGUGGUGAAGGGCUUGGAGGAUGUAGAGGUGUGUGAAUGUGAAAGCUGUCCCUUUGAGGUGACCCUGAACCUGUCCUACAUCGAGGGUGUGUGGACCAGAGAUGGGAUGCAGCUGAAGUCCAAGCCUAACUGCCGAAUCAGCACACACGGGAAGAAACACUCGCUCAUACUGAAGAGGGUGGCUCUGGCAGACGCAGGCCUGUUCUCUUUUGAGGCCAACGGCAUUCAGACCUUAGGCAGACUUACUGUCAGAGCAAGGGACAUCCACAUAGUGAAGGAGCUGGAGGAUGUCGACACAGUGGAGCGUCAGCCUGUGAACUUCCUGUGUGAGGUCAACCAGGUAGACUUGGAUGGUCGGUGGUACAGAGAUGACUGCCGAAUUCGACCUGGGGACAACAUCAAAAUAAGACAUCAGGGUGAAUCUCACACCCUGAUGUUCAAGUCAGUCAGGCCAGCGCAUGCCGGAGAGAUCAGAUUCACUGCAGAGCGUGUCUCAUCCUAUGCAACUCUCACAGUACAAGAGCUCCCAGUCCAAAUACUGCGUCCUCUGAGGGUCAAGAUAGCCAUGUAUCACCACAGAGGUCUGCUUGAGUGCCAGGUGUCACGGCCCAAUGCUCAGGUCAGGUGGUACAAGAACAGGAAGGAACUCCUGCCCAGUAAGAAGUACCAGCUGAUCAGCCAGGAUGUCUACAGGCAGCUCACCAUUGACAACGUCUGCUCCUCAGAUGAGGACACCUACACCUGUGAUGCAGGAGAUGACGAGACCUCCUGUCAGCUUCUUGUGGAGGAGCAGGCUAUCAAAAUAGUGCGGGGAAUGAGCUCAGUGGAGGUGAUGGAGCCGGAGCCAGCUCUGUUCCAAGUGGAGACCAGCCUGAAAUCAGGAAGGCCCCCACGCUGGACCCUGAAUGGUGAAGUGUUGGAACCCAGUGGAGCAGUGAACAUUGACAGGGAAGGCACCCUCCACAGCCUCCUGCUCACCUCCACAGAAAGCUCCAUGUCUGGCCCUGUGCUCUUUGUAGCUGGCAAGAGUCGUUCCACUGCUCAGCUUGUUGUCAAGGAGCGUCAACUUCAGGUUACCCAACACUUGGACAAUGUAGAGGUGAAGGAGAACAGCUCAGUGACUCUGAGCUGUAGGUUCGCUCCCUCUCCCAGGGUGGUGCGUUGGUUUAAAGGUCGCACAGCUCUGAAGACCUCCAACAAGUACAGCAUGAGGAGAGAAGGGAAGCGAGCAGAGCUGACCAUUCAUGGCUUGACAGGGAUGGAUGCAGGACAGUACCGCUGUGUGGCAGGAGGUUCACAGAGUACAGCACAUGUUAAUGUAGAAGUAAAAACCCUGAAGUUGGUGAAACACCUUGAACCCGUGGAAAUUGAGGAGGAUGGCAUUGCCACAUUCUCAUGUGAGCUCAACUAUGUGGUAGCCAACGUCGAGUGGCUGGUCAACAACAUUCGCCUCUAUUCUAACGCAAUAAACCGGAUCCAGCACAUGGGCACUAUGCACAGCCUCAUAAUCAAGAAGCUGCGGCCACAGCACAGCAGGGUCACCUUCAAAGCAGGCCUUCUCUCUGAGACAACCACCUUAAAUGUCAAAGAGCGCCCAGUGGUGUUCCUGAGGUCUUUGGAGGAUGUAUCAGGAGAGGAGCAAGGAGAAGUGUGUCUGCAGUGUGAAAUUUCAAAAGAGACUGUGACCCCUGUUUGGAGGAAGGAUGAUAUGGUCCUGACUGCGGAUGAUAAACAUGAAUUACUCCAGUUUGGGAAAUCCAUGGCGCUGAUAAUUCAUUCCCUGAGCAAGGAUGAUGCUGGACAGUACACCUGUGAUUUGGGCACCAGCCAGACUAAGGCGAAAGUAACUGUACAUGACUUACACAUCACGAUAAUUCAGCGUAUGAAGACAACAUCUGUCCUGGAGGGUGAAAGCUGUACUUUUGACUGUCAACUCUCUCAUGAUCUCGAUGAUGAGCCUUCCUGGGUCAUCAAUGGCGAGGCGGUGGUCACAAAUAGCCGUAUCCAGGUUAUCAACAAUGGCCGCAAGUAUCGGUUGUCCAUAAGAGAUGCUGUUUUGACUGACGCUGGAGACGUGAUCUUCACCUUGAAAGAUCUUAGCUGUAGGACUAUGCUCUUUGUCAAAGAGAAGCCGGUACAUAUCUUCAGGGAACUGUUGAAUGUCAAGGCGGUGCCGGGCGAAGAUGCAGAGCUGAGCUGUGAGAUCACCAAACCAGAUGUUACGAUCCGUUGGCUGAAAAACGGCCAUUUGAUCAGGCAGAGUCCUAAGUAUGAGAUAAGUGUGGAGAAAAACCUGGCACGAUUGUUGAUCAAGAACACCACAAUCAGAGACUCUGGAGAGUACUGCUGUGAGGCUGAAGGUGUGGCUUCACGAGCAAAGCUGGAGGUCAGAGACCUCCAGCACACAUUUGCGCGGGAGUUAAGGGAAACACAAGCAGAGGAAAAGGGUAAAGUGACCCUCGAGUGUGAGACUAGGCGGCCAGCCAAACGCGUGACCUGGCUGAAGGGCAUGGUGGAGCUGAGGUCUGGGAGGAAGUAUGUCAUCAGGCAAAAAGGGGUCCUGCUGUCCCUGACCAUCACCUGCCUGGAGAAAUCAGACACAGACAUUUACAUAUGUGAUGUUGGCACCAUGCAAAGCCGGGCACAGCUCACAGUGCAGGGGCAGAAGGUGUUGAUCUUGGAUGAGCUGGAGGAUGUUGAGUGCCUAGAGGCCGACACUGUCACAUUCAGGUGUCGAAUUUGUCCAAGUGACUACAUUGGGAUAAAGUGGUACCUGGACGAGACCCUGUUGUACACCAAUGAGCUCAAUGAGAUCCAGAUGCUGCCUGGAGGCUACCACAGCCUCACAUUUAGACAGCUUGCACGCAAAGACACCGGCACUAUUUCGUUUGCUGCAGGGGACAAGAGAUCGUAUGCUUCGCUGCUGGUUCGAGAGAGGCGUCCCACCAUCAUUAAAGCACUGGAAGACUGUGAAGCUAUUGAAGGAGGUGGUUUGGUUUUGUCUUGUGUGACCUCCAAGCCGUGUCACAUCCUGUGGUACAAAGAUGGCUGUCUGAUGUGGAAUUCCUCCAGGUAUUUUGCCACUCGUUCUGGCUGCGAGGCCCGACUGACGAUUCGGGAGGUCUGCAAUAAUGAUGCUGGAGUGUAUGAGUGCAGUGCAGGCUCUGUUACAACCAGGGCUGUUGUAACUGUCAAAGCCAUCCCAGCAGAGUUCACCCAGCCUCUAAAGGCCGUGGAUUCCCAAGAGGGGGAGACAGUGACACUGACUUGUGAAUACUCUCUGCCUGGGGUGCAGUACCACUGGUGGAGAGGUUUUGAGAGCAUCAGGGCUGGAGACAAGUUCAUGAUGAAACAGAGAAAGACCAUAAAUUCCCUAACAAUCAAAGCUGUGAAGCCUGUGGACUCAGGAGAAUAUUCUUGUCAGUGCAGGGAUCACCGCACAACAGCAAGCCUCAAAGUACACGCUGUUCCCAUUACAUUCAUACAGCUUUUGAAGAACAUGCAAGCAGAGGAGGGAGUCAAUGUCAUAUUGCGCUGUGAACUGUCCAAACCUGGACUUCCAGUAGAAUGGAGGAAGGGACAAGAGCUGUUGAAGAAUGGGGUAAAGCACCAGAUAAAGAAAAGAGAGACCACCCAGGAGCUUCUGAUAUGGAAGCCUUUGCCUGAGGACAGUGGGAUCUACAGCUGUGUGUGUGCUGAUCAGAUGACAUCUUCCACUGUCAAGAUCACUGCUCUUCCAGUCACCUUCAAGCAGAAGCUGAGGAACAUGCAAAUUGAGGAGGGCAACACAGCGACUUUACGCUGCGAGCUGUCCAAACCUGGUCAAAGUGUGGAGUGGAGGAAGUCAGGGAAUGAACUAAUAAGAAAUGGAGAAAAAUAUCAACUGAGGCAGAGAGACAUGCUGAUCGAACUGAGGAUCUAUGAUGUGACACUUGAGGACAGCGAUAUCUACACAUGCAUCUGUGAAAACAUAGAGACCACUGCAACACUGACUGUAAAUGCUCUUCCCAUCACUUUCAAGCAAAAGCUGAAGAACCUCCAAGUGGAAGAGGGCCACAACAUCACAUUGUAUUGUGAGGUUUCUAAACCUGGUGUCCCAGUUGAGUGGAGGCUUGGAGGAGAUCUGUUGGAGAAUGGAGAGAAGUACCAGAUUAAGCAGAGGGACACCAACCUGGAAUUGAUCAUCAGAGAUGCUGAUCCAGAGAAUAGUGGAGUCUACACCUGUGUGUGCAGAGAGCAGAGGACUAAGGCAACCAUUAAAGUUAUUUCGGUUCCUGCCACAUUUAAAGUUAACCUGAAGAGCCAGGAAGCUGAGGAGGGGAAGAGUGUGACAUUACACUGUGAGCUGUCAAAGAAGGGAGUCCCAGUUCAGUGGCAGAGAGCUGGUCAGUUGCUGACUGAAGAGAUAUUUCGAGAAAAAUACAAGAUGGAGCAAGCAGGAAAGACAGCUCAGAUGACCAUUUUCAAUUUGCAACCCGAGGAUGCUGGGAAAUAUGGCUGUGUCACAGGAGAUGAGAAAACCACAGCUGAAGUCAAAGUGAAACCACUUCCUGUGUCAUUCAAACGAGAGAUCCAGAGCAUGGAGGUGAAGGAAGGAGACAAUGGAGUUUUCAUCUGUGAGCUCUCCAAACCUGGAGCUCCAGUGGACUGGAGGAAAGGCAGAGCGAUCCUUAAGCCUGGAGAGAAGUAUGAGAUGAAGCAGGAGGGACGUCUCACUAAACUGAUCAUCAACAAUGUAGAGGAGAGUGAUGCUGGCAAAUAUAGCUGCAAGACAAGAGACAGCCAAUCAACUGCUGAGCUCACUGUACAAGAAUCAGCUGAGCGCAGACGUCAACGAGGUUUACCGCCAAGUUUUAAGUUGCCACUAAUCGACCAGGAGGUGACUGAGGGCAACAGCGUGUUCCUGCACUGUGAGCUCGACAAACCUGCCCUCGCAGUGGAGUGGAGGAGAGGUACAGAGCUGCUGAGAAAUGGAGACAAAUACCAGAUGAGGAAAAAGGACCUGCUGGUGGAAAUGAAGAUAUCAGAGCUCAGUCUGGACGACACUGGAGAUUAUACCUGUAUAUGUGGAGAUCAAAGGACCAAAGCUGUGGUCAAAGUAAAUGAGCGACCAAUCAGAUUUCUUCAGGAACUGAAGAAUAUUCAGGUGCAGGAAGGCAAUGGAGUGGCACUCUGCUGUGAGCUCUCCAAACCCGGCAUUCCAGUUCAGUGGAAGAAAGGAGACAAAGUGCUGACCAAUGGAGAGAAAUACCAGAUGAAACAGGGCGGCUUCACCCUGGAGCUCCUCAUCAGAAAAAGCCAGCCUGAGGACAGUGGCACAUACAGCUGUGUUUGUGAUGACAUAAGGACCACUGCCACUAUCAUCAUCACCACAAUCCCUGUAACUUUCAAGCAAAAGUUGAAGAACCAGGAAGCUGUGGAGGAGGGCAGUGUCACACUUCGCUGUGAGCUUUCUAAACCAGGAAUCACAGUGGAGUGGAGGAAAGCUGCUCAACUUCUGAAUGAGGGAGAAAAAUACCAGAUGAAGCAGGAGGGCAGGAUGGCUGAGAUGCUGAUCAGGAAUUUAAGUCUUAAAGAUGCUGGGGAGUUCAGCUGUUUUGUUGGCUCUGUUGUGACGUCAGCUGACAUCAGAGUAAGAGCAAUUCCUGUAACAUUUAAAAAAGAUGUGGAGAAUUUGGAGGUGAAGGAAGGCGACAGUGGAGUUUUCUGCUGUGAGCUCUCCAAACCUGGAGCUCCAGUGGACUGGAGGAAAGGCAGAGUGGUCCUCAAACCCGGAUACAAAUAUGAGAUGAAGCAGGAGGGGCGUCUCACUAAACUGAUCAUUAACAACGUAGAGGAAAGUGAUGCUGGGAAAUAUACCUGCAAGACUGAUGACAGCCAAUCAUCUGCUGAGCUCACUGUCAAAGCUCCUCCCAUCACAUUCAAGACAAAGUUAAAGAGCCAGCAGGUGGAGGAGGAGAACAGCGUGACCAUGAGCUGCGAGCUGUCGAAGCCUGGCCUUUCUGUAGAGUGGCGGAAAGGACAAGAGCCACUGAAGAAUAAUUUCAAGUACCAGAUUAAAAAUCGAAAUUGCAUAAUGGAGCUUACCAUCAAAAACUCACAGCUUGAGGACAGCGGACUUUACAGCUGUAACUAUGGUGAUGUCAAGACCACAGCCAACAUCACCAUUACACCUAUCCCCCUCACCUUUAAAAUGGGUCUGAAGAACCAGGAGGCCCCUGAGGGAGGCAACGUGUCCCUUCGCUGUGAGCUGUCGAGGGCCGGGGUGCCUGUGCAGUGGUGGAAGGCGGAGGACCAGCUUUAUCACGGGGGAAGAUAUCAGAUGACGCAGAAAGGGAAUAUAGCUGAGAUGCACAUCAAAAACAUCCAGCCCGAGGAUGUCGGGGAGUACAGCUGUGUCCUGGGAGAGCAGAAGACAACGGCUGAAGUCAACGUGAGAGCGGCAGCAUCGGUGUUCUUUGAGAAGGAAUUGGAAAACCAAGCGGUGAUGGAAGGGAAAUCUGUGUUGCUGUCUUGUGAAGUUUCCAGUGCUAAUGUUCCUGUCACUUGGAAGAAGGAUAACACAACGAUAGAGGAAGGAGGGAGAUACAUUUUAAAGAAGAAAGGCCCAACACACACUCUGGAGAUCAAGAAACUGUGUCUGGAGGACGCUGGAGAGUACUGCUGUAUCAGCAGAGGCAAGAAGACAACUUCCAAGCUGAUAGUGAGGGAGCGCGUGCGGAUUGUUACGCUGCUCCACGACAUAACAGUGACGGCGGGUGAGGAUGCAACAUUUGUGUGUGAGCUGAGCCACGCAGAUGUGAGUGAGGGCGUCUGGUGGCUAGGCUCCAGCCCUCUCCAGAAGAACGAGAUGAACCAGAUGACCUGCCAGGGUCGUCAGCAUCGACUGGUCCUCACCAUGACAACGCCUGAGGAGACUGGCACCGUGGCUUUUGUGAUUGGGGAAGAGAGGACCUCUGCAAGUUUGCUAGUUCUACUUAGGCCUAAAGUCUUAUUUGAGGAGAAGCCUCAAGAUGUUGUGAUCAUGGAAGGAGAAACAGCCACUUUGUCCUGCAAGACCUCUGAUUUAACCUCCCUGGUUACCUGGAGGCGCAACCACAUCCCCCUCCGACAUGGUGAUAAAUAUGAACUACGUAAGGAGGGAAACAUUAACCUACUACUAAUCCAUGAUGUGGAUCCCCUGGAUACUGGCAUCUACUCUUGUGAUACAGGAGAUGAGCAAAGCAAUGCCAAACUUACUGUGACAGAACUCCCUCCAUGCUUCUUAGAAGAAUUACAGAGUCUAGAAGUUGAAGAGGGAGGUUCAGCUUCUCUGUACUGUGAGCUUUCUAAACUUGGAGUGCCGAUUCAAUGGAGGAGGAACAGACUGCCAAUAACAGCUAGCAGAAAGUAUAAGAUGCAGCAGGAUGGCUGCCUCCUCCAGCUCCUCAUCAAGGAUCUCAAACUUGAGGACAGUGGCAGCUACACAUGUCAAGCAGGAAGUGCGGAGACCACUGCAACUGUUACAGUGAAAGAGCUCCCUCCAUUCUUCAAGAAGGAACUUAAAGGCGUGGAAGUCGAGGAGGGAAGGGCAGCCACCCUGUGCUGUGAGCUGUCUGGUCCUUUUGAAUCGGUGAAAUGGAAGAAGAACAGACUACCCCUGAAGGCUAGCAGGAAGUAUGAGAUGAAACAAGAUGGCUGCCUCAUACAGCUCCUCAUCAAGGAUCUCACACCUGAGGACCGUGGAAGCUACACAUGUCAAGCAGGGAGUGCAGAGACGACGGCAACCGUGUCCGUAAAAGAGCUCCCGCCAUUUUUCAAAGAAGAAUUGCUUAAUGUGAGACUUGAUGAGGGAGGUACAGCCUAUCUGAACUGUGAGCUGUCUAAACCUGGAGUUUCAGUACAAUGGAAGAAGAACAAGCUGCCACUGAGGGCAAACAGGAAGUAUGACAUGAAGCAAGAUGGCUGCCUCGUCCAGCUCCACAUCAAGGACCUCACACCUGAGGACAGUGGAAGCUACACAUGUCAAGCAGGAAGUGCAGAAACAACAGCAACUGUGACAGUAAAAGAGCUCCCACCAUAUUUUAAAGAGGAAAUGCAAAAUUUGAAGGUCGAGGAGGGAGAUACAGCCACUCUGUACUGUGAGCUGUCAAAGCCUGGAGUGUCAGUGCAAUGGAAGAAGAACAAGUUAACGCUGAGAGCAAACAGGAAGUAUGAGAUGUGGCAGGAUGGCUGCAACCUCCAACUUCACAUCAAAGAGCUUACACUUGAGGACAGUGGCAGCUACACAUGUCAAGCAGGACAGGAAGAAACAACUGCAACCGUUACAGUGAAAGAACUCCCUCCAUUUUACAAAAAAGACUUGGAAAGUGUAGAGGCUGAUGAGGGAAGCACUGCCACUCUGAACUGUGAGCUGUCUAAGCCUGGUGUAUCAGUUACCUGGAAGAAGAACAAGCUGCCACUGAGAGCCAACAGGAAGUAUGAGAUGAAGCAGGAUGGCUGCCUCCUCCAGCUGCUCAUAAAGGAUCUUAAACCCGAGGACGCUGGAAACUACACUUGUCAAGCAGGAAGUGCAGAGACCACUGCAACUGUGACAGUGAAAGAGCUAGAACUAUUCUUUAAAGAAGAAUUACAAAAUUUGGAGGUCGAGGAGGCAGGUAGUGCCUCUCUGUACUGUGCUCUGUCUAAGCCUGGGGUAACAGUAACAUGGAAGAAGAAUAAGGUGCCAUUAAGAGCUAUCAGGAAGUGUGAAAUGAAGCAGGAUGACUGCCUCCUCCAGCUGCUCAUUAAGGAUCUCAAACCUGAGGACAGUGGAGACUACACUUGUCAAGCAGGACAUGUAGAGACUUCUGCAACUUUGACAGUGAAAGAGCUUGCACCAUUCUUUAAGAAAGAAUUACAAAGUGUGGAGGUCGAGGAAGAAGGUACAGCCUCUCUGUACUGUGAGCUGUCCAAGCCCGGAGUGUCAGUACAAUGGAAGAAGAAUAAGGUGCCAUUGAGAGCUAACUGGAAGUAUGACACGAAGCAAGAUGGCUGCCUCAUACAGCUCUGCAUCAAGGAUCUCACACCUGAGGACAGUGGAAGCUACACAUGUCAAGCAGGAAGUGAAGAGACCACUGCAACUGUGAGAGUGAAAGAGCUUCCUCCAUACUUCAAGGAAGACUUGUGUAGUGUGGAGGUGGAGGAGGGAGGUACAGCCUAUCUGAACUGUGAGCUGUCUAAACCUGGAGUUUCAGUACAAUGGAAGAAGAACAAGCUGCCACUGAGGGCAAACAGGAAAUAUGAGAUGAAGCAAGAUGGCUGCCAUUUCCAGCUGCACAUCAAGGAUCUUAAAUCUGAGGACAGUGGAAACUACACUUGUCAAGCAGGAAGUGUGGAGACUUCUGCCACUUUAUCAGUCAAAGAGCUCCAACCAUUUUUCAAGGAAGACUUAUCUAGUGUGCAAGUGGAGGAGGGGGGCACUGCCUCUCUGCGCUGUGAGCUGUCUAAGCCUGGUGUUUCAGUACAAUGGAAGAAGAACAAACUUCCACUGAGAGCUAACAGGAAGUAUGAGAUGAAGCAAGAUGGCUGCCUUCUCCAGCUUCACAUCAAGGAUCUCAAACCUGAAGACAGUGGCAGCUACACUUGUCAUGCAGGAAGUGUAGAGACCACUGCCACUGUGACAGUAAAAGAGCUCCAACCAUUCUUCAAUAAAGACUUAUUUAGUGUGGAGGCUGAAGAGGGGGGCACGGCUUCACUGUACUGUGAGUUGUCUAAGCCUGGAGUUUCAGUUCAGUGGAAGAAGAACAAACUUCCACUGAGAGCUAACAGGAAGUAUGAGAUGCAGCAGGAUGGCUGCCUCCUCAAGCUUCACAUCAAGGAUCUCAAACAUGAGGACAGUGGCAGCUACACUUGUCAUGCAGGAAGUGUAGAGACCACUGCAACUGUGACAGUGAAAGAGCUCGCUCCAUUUUUCAAAGAAGAAUUACAGAGUGUGGAGGCUGAGGAGGGAACUACAGCCUCACUGUGCUGUGAGCUGUCUAAGCCUGGUGUUUCAGUACAAUGGAAGAAGAACAAACUUCCACUGAGAGCUAACAGGAAAUAUGAGAUGAAGCAAGAUGGCUGCCUUCUCCAGCUUCACAUCAAGGAUCUCAAACCUGAAGACAGUGGAAGCUACACUUGUCAUGCAGGAAGUGUAGAAACCACUGCCACUGUGACAGUGAAAGAGCUCCAACCAUUCUUCAGUAAAGACUUAUUUAGUGUGGAGGCUGAAGAGGGGGGCACGGCUUCACUGUACUGUGAGUUGUCUAAGCCUGGAGUUUCAGUUCAGUGGAAGAAGAACAAACUUCCACUGAGAGCUAACAGGAAGUAUGAGAUGCAGCAGGAUGGCUGCCUCCUCAAGCUCUACAUCAAGGAGCUCAAACCAGAGGACAGUGGCAGCUACACAUGUCAAGCAGGAAGCGCAGAAACCUCUGCAACUGUAUCAGUAAAAGCAAUACAACUGACUCCUCCAAAGACAGAGUCUCCCACAGUACAGCCUUUGGCAAAAGGCGCCGUUUCAGAGUCAACUCCAUCUCCAGAGGAUGAGAAGCCAAGCAUCCCAGAGGCUAAACCCGUUCCUCCAGAGCCAAAAAAGAGAACAAACAGGAAAGCAUCUAUUACCCCUUUAGACAAAGAUGUAAAGCCAUUGUUUGACCUAAAAGAUUCUAUACAGAGGGAGAAUAGUGAAGACCAAAAGGGCAUACAACCUGCAAAGCCUAUGGUGAAAGACGUUGAUGAUGCAUGGAAUGGAACACAACAGGAGAGCAAUAAGGAGAAAGACAGUGAGUUGAUGAAGAAAGUGGAUAAGACAAUAAGACGCCUGGAGAAAGACAAAGAUGUGGAAGAACCAGAAAGGUCUUUGGAAACAGAAACAGAAGUUAAAAUGGAAGGCAGACAACUAGAAAGGAAUGUAGAGAAUAUAGUCAAGGUUGAACAAAAUGAAAAUCAAUCAGACAGGGCUCACGGAGACACCGUGUGUGAACAAAAUAAGAAGCAGUUAAUAUGCCUGGAAAAGGAAAAGGAAGUUGACCUGAAGUCAAAGCAACCAGGACAGUCUUCAGAGAAGACAAGCAAAGUUGACUGGAAAGAGAACCUUACAGCGCCAGAACUUGGGAAGAAAAGUGAUCAAGAAAAAACGUCUUUGAAACCAAAAGAAAAGUAUAUUGAGGAGGAACACAUUAAAGAACCACAGAGGCCUAGAGCAAAGGAGGGUCAAGUGGACAAAACACAAGAGGAACCUUUAAAACCACCAGUAAGAUCUAAAGGAAAUGUGACCACGGCAAAGAAACCACUUAAAAAUGUUGCUAGGGAAACAGAGGAGAUGGAUGUCCCAUCAGUAAAGCCUCCCACAAGUGAUUCUGAAGAAGACCACAAACAAAGAAGGCAUGUGAAACAACAAGCGUCGACGGAAGGAGAGAGGGAGGGAAAGCAACUGGCUGUGAAUAAACAGUCUGUAGAUCAAGCAGAAAAGACAGAAAAGGAGGCUGACAUUUCAGCUCCAAAACCACCUGUGAGGAUAAAAAGCAAAGCAAAAGGGGGAAUGGGUAAACAGUAUUCAAGGGACACAGAGACCGAUCAAGAUGAUCAGCAGACAACAAAAGUUGUGGUUAAAACAUUGGAUGAUAAGCCUAUGAAACCUUCUGUAGAGAGUUUGAAAAGAGAAGUUGAAGAGAAGCAAAGGUUUGAGAUGUCAGUAACAUCAGACGCUGAGAUAGAUGAGGAAAUUAAGCAAACUGUGAAAGCACCAGAAAGAGAUCCAAGCAUCAAACAACCAGCUAAACCAAUGAAAAAAGAACCUGAAGAGGACCAGGAAAUAAGGCUGGGAGUCGAACCAAUGAGAAGAGCGGCCGAACAAAAAGCAGCAAAGAUGACAGAAGAAAUCCCGCUCCUGUACAUUUCUGAGGAUGAGACUUUCUCAGAGGCUCUGACUGAGUUACCAGAAGACCUCAACAAUGACAACACCUCUGGGUUUUUGGCUGACAGGUUAACACAACCGUCUUCUCUUCUUCCUGUCAAUGAACCCCAACAGGUACAACCUCAAAGCAAAGAAACACCAGAGUUUGACUUCAGCAUUGAGGAUGAACCACAACUGCAAGAUGCUGCAGUCAAAAUCCAGGCUGCCUUUAAGGGCUAUAAAACACGUAAAGACAUGCGACCUGUCUUCAAAGAGGUGUUUAAGAACCAGAGUGCAGAUCUUCAUGGUACAGUUACUCUAGUGUGUGUGGUAGAGGGAAAACCCAGCACUGUCCGCUGGCUGAAAAACAGUCAACAAAUUACCAGUGACCAUCGAUGCCGAAUUGAGUCUACAGAGAACGGCAUUUGCACUCUAGUGAUCAAAAACUUGACUGCAAAUGACAGUGGGGUCUAUACAUGUGAGGUAUUGAAUAAGUUUGGUGUGACCUCCUACAAUGGAAACAUAACAGUAGUACAGCCUCAGAAGCUUGUACACCCACCCCUCGCAGCCAUAACUCCUCUGCAACUCGCCCCACAAAUGCCUGAAGCCCAGACUAAGACUCAAACCCAUAUACCCACCUCUGUUCCUGAUGACGCAAACUAUGUAGAAAGUGUUACUGAAUCUCUGUGGGAGGCCUUCAACCUGACGGAGCAGGACGCUCAGAUGAGACUGCAAGAGAGGAGAGCAUCCUCACUCAUUGCUGCCAGCUCCAUGUCAAGUCCCUCUGAUUAUGAAACGGCUCCGGAUAUAAUGGAACCUGCUGAGACUGGUCCAGUUGUACCAAGGGAAGUGACAACAGCAGUGGAUCCCGUGCCUCCAAAAGAUGAUAACGAACAGACAAGCCCCCCACAACUUCCUAUGAAGCUAUUGAAAGUAAAAGGGGCUCAUGAAGGUAAAAUGAGGACACCGUCUCCCAAACACCACCGUGCUCACACACCCUUAACAAGUACUGUCUCUGGAUCAGAGUCAGAAGGGGAGGAGGAUAGACGAGAGACAUUUGAAAUGUAUGUAGCUCGAGCAGACUGCAGCCCUGACAGUGGAAACAAGGACAGUUUUGUGCUGAAGGGGGGCCAGUUUGUGGAGGUCCUGGACUCUGUUCAUCCUGAUAGGUGGCUGGUGAGGACUAAACCCACCAAAACUAACCCUGCUCGUCAGGGAUGGGUGUGUCCCGCCUACCUGGAGAAGAAAAGAAAGGAGGCCUUCCCUGCAUUAAGAGCACCACAACAGGAUCUGGAUGGAAUUGGGUCUACAGGAGAAGAGUACAGAAGAGCUCUGAGCCAACUGAUCCAAGGCUUCGUUGAUGGAGAAGAGGAGUUUGUGAAGGAGAUGAAGAUGUUCACCUCUCACCAGCUAAAUUAUUUGGACUCUAGCCGGAACGUCCCCAUAAACAUCUUGAACCAGAAAGAGAUCAUCUUCAGGAAUAUCAAAGACAUUGUGUUUCUGCAUGAGAAGUGUAUUCUCCCUGGUCUGAGAGCGUGUGUCACAGACGAUGAUGUGGCCAUGCAUCUGAUCAAACACACUGAGGACUUUGAGAAGUACCUACACUACAUGGUGGGACAAGCACAAGCAGAAGCCUGCAUCAAAGACAAGGCCAUCCAGCAGUUUUUUAAAGAGUUAAUAGAACCCACUAAGCCCGAGGGUCCAGUCAUGGAUGUUCUGACCUUCCUCCAGCAGCCAGUGGAGAGGAUUCAAACCUAUCAGGCUUUACUGAAGGAAUUGGUCAAGAACAAAGCCAAAAGUGGCCAGAGCUGCUGUGUUUUGGAGGAUGCUUUCUCCACUGUGUCCUGUCUACCCUGGAGGUCUGACAACCUGCACCAGGUGUCCCUCAUCGAGAACUACCCAGCUCCUCUAACCACCCUGGGCGAGCCUGUGCGACAGGGAGUCUUAACGGUGUGGGAGGAAACUCCAGAAAGCAAAACAGCCACUAGAGGGCAUCAGAGACAAGUGUUUCUCUUCAAGGAAUGCAUUGUACUGUGUAAACUGAAAGGUGACACAUAUUCUUUCAAGAACAAAAUGAAGCUGAAUGAUGUGGAAAUUAAGGAGACUGUGGGUGGAGAGGAAAAGUAUUGGGGGUUGUGGCAUGAGCACAGGGGCUCAUUGCGGAAGUACACCCUGCAGGGUCGCUCCUCCCUGAUCAAACUCUCCUGGCUCAAAGAUCUGAGGGAGUUACAACAACACUCUAGUCUGCCCACUAAUUGCCCACCUGUAUUUCAGUCUCUCUUGUCUGACUGCACGACAAAAAUAGGACAAACAAUCAAACUGACCUGUAAAGUCAAAGGAUCCCCAAAACCAGUGAUUAGCUGGCUCAAAGAUGGCCUGCCCUUAGAAGAUGACCCACGUCACAUCAUCACAGCAGACAGGUCAGGAACCUGCAGUCUCAUCCUGGAUAGCCUCACAGCAGAGGACUCUGGACAGUAUGCCUGCUAUGCUUCCAGCUCCAUGGGCAGGGCUGGUACUCUGGCUAAGGUGGUGGUGCAGGCUCCACCUAGAUUUGUGUCUAGGCUGGAGAGUGCCUGUCUGAUAGAUGGAGAAGAUAUACAGUUUGUCUGCUCCACACUUACUACUCCUUUGCCACAGAUCAGGUGGUUUAAAGAUGGCAGAGUGUUGACUGACCAGCAAAAAUACUCCAUCCACAACGAUGCUCGCAGUGGGAUCUUGUGUCUGACGGUCAUCAGUGCAUCAGUGGCAGAUAUUGGACAAUAUGAAUGCGAGCUUUUGAAUGAGUUUGGCUGCGUCAAGUGCAAGGCAGGGUUGUGCCCCGCUUAUGUACCGACGAUUGACAUCGAGAACAACCAAGCGCAGGACUUGCCCCCUAAAGAUGCCGACUCAGAGGGCUGGUCCACUGCCUUUGUUAAGAAGUGGUUACAGACUGAUUUCAGCCCAACCUCUAUUGCUAAGAUGCUCUUCCCCCCUGAACAAAGUGAACAGGCUGAAUAUAGCACAGAGGAGGCUGUUCCUACCACAACAACAAUGGAUCAGACGCAACAGCAGCAGCCAAUGUAUUACAUAGAGGAAGAAGAGGAAGAGAUCUUCAUCUCAGAGUCAAUACAGGAAAUGACAGCUCCACCCUCCAUCCAGGUAUCCUGCGAGGAUGUUUGUGUAGAGCCGGGCAAACCAGCUACGUUUACUGCCAUCAUCACAGGAAGACCUACUCCUACGAUACAGUGGUACAAGGAUGAAGAGGAGCUUGCUGCCAAUGAGAAUGUGGCGAUAGUACAGCAUGGUGCCCGCUGUUCAGUGACCAUAACGUGCCCUGAGGGUGAGGACAGUGGUAUCUACACCUGCUUUGCCUACAAUGACUCAGGCCAUGCCUCGUGUGAGGCUGAGCUGAUAGUGGAAGAAGGUCCACUGGAGCGUCAGGAGAGAGAGGUGGAGCUGGGAAAGAGAAGGAAAUUAUUCUCUGUCUAUGAUGUCCAUGAGGAAAUUGGGAGGGGAACCUUCGGCGUAAUAAAGCGUGUAGUCCACAGAAGGACAGGUGACGUGUUCGCUGCAAAGUUUCUGCCUCUGCGCAGCAGCAAUCGGACCCGGGCCUUCCAGGAGAGGGACUUGCUGUCCCGUCUGGCUCACCCCAGGGUGGCUUGCUUGCUGGAUUUCUUUUGCACCAGACGCACGCUUGUGCUCAUCACAGAAAUAUGCUGUUCCCAUGGACUUCUGGACCAUUUGUUACUGAAAGGAUCAGUCUCAGAGAAAGAGGUCCAGUCAUACAUCCAGCAAAUCCUUGAAGGAGUUGGUCACAUUCACAGCAUGAGCAUUUUGCAUCUGGAUAUUAAACCUGAUAAUAUCCUCAUGGUGUAUCCACCCAGAGAUGAAAUCAAGAUCUGUGACUUUGGCUUCUCUCAAGAAAUAGACCCAUCCAGACACCAAUACAGUGUGAUUGGUACACCAGAGUUUGUCGCCCCUGAGAUUGUUCAUCAAGAACCGGUCACUGCGGCCACUGAUAUUUGGUCUGUAGGUGUUGUAGCCUAUAUAAGUCUGGUGGGUCGAUGCCCUUUUAUGGGUGAGACUGACCGCUCUACACUGCUGAGGGUAGGCGAGGGGACCCUAAACUGGGAUGCUCCUGAUGUCACAUAUAGGAGCCCUGAGGCCCAGAACUUUCUCUACCUGCUGCUUCAGCCGGAUCCAGAGAAACGACCAUCUGCCUUUGAGUGCUUGAGCCAUGAAUGGUUCCAGGAUGAACAUGCGGGUGAAGAUACUGAUGAAAUCAACACAAAGAUUUUGAAAGUCUUCAUCUCUAAAAGGAAAUGGCAGCGCUCUUUGACUUGCAUUGGUUCAGUUCUCACACUGAGGCCCGUCCCUGAGCUGCUGGACGCUCCUCUCAGAGACACAGCCGUCACUGUGCCUCGCGAGCCUCAGGAUCACAGCAGCACCUCUAUGAGCAGUGGCUCCUCCUCAGAGUACGAUGAAGCCGACUCCUGGGACUUUUUCCAGCACUACAGCCAGACUGAGGAGGAGGAAGAAACUGAGGAGGACUAUGAUCCUUUAACAGAGAGAGCACGGAUCCCUGAGCCUUUUGCCAAACCUUACCUUGAUGCAGAGGAAGAAGAGGAAGUGACGCUGGGGGAGGAAGAGGAUGGAGAGAUGCUGGGAAGAAGGAGUGUGCUAGAGCGCAGUGUGAGCAGGCAGUCAGUUGCGUCAUCAGAUGUGUCGUGCCAACAGACACCUCAGAGGGAGCGUAGGUUUAGCAAAGACAGUAGUCCAUCUCUUUACUUAUCUGAUGGGGAUGAGGGCUCAGGGAGUGACGGAGGUCGUAUCCCUCGUGGCAGCCUAAUUCGAAGUACUUUCUACAAUACCUCUCAUCAGCUCUCACCUAUGUCUGCCAGACACAUGACGUUACGGGACAAAUUCCAGGCCAAAAAGCAGGAAAGAGGCCGUAAACCACUCCGGAGAAGCCUUUCAGGACGUCUAAAUGAGCCUCUUAUUGAAUAUGUGGAAGAUGACACAGAGACCAACCGUGGUCAGAGACGGGCUUCUAUUCAAACUACAAUGCAGAAGUCCUGUUCCUUUGACAGCGGUGUUGGCCUUGCCCACACCAAUGUACCACCUCCCAGGAGGAGCAGGUCUCUUGACGAGUCUUCUCGUCGAUCUCCUAGCUCACCCUCACGCACAAAGUCUGCUGAGGAGGAAGGCUCUCAGAGUCUGAAGGAAGAUUCAACUGAUAAUGAAGUGGCAGGGCGAAACUUGUUGGCCAUCCCGCGUCCUCACCGCCCUACAAGAAGGAGAGGAUCUGUUGCUGCAUUACAAGCUUCUGGAACUGGCAUUGUGGGUGGAACUUCGGCGCCCUCAAGCUUCGUUGCUGGAGGCAGAAGGAGUCUAAGGCUGAAUCAGGAGCAGACAGAGGGUGACACACUUGCUGGCUCCCAGGGGUCUCUUGCUGAGUCAUUAAUUUUGGAGCAUGGUGGCUCUGAGUCUUCAAGUCGAGACGGCUCCCAUGAGGAGCUGAGUCAUGGCUAUCUCAGAGGCAGAUACAGAUCAGGAGAGAGUGAUGGGUAUGAUGAUCAGGGGGAGCCUCUCAUUCCACCAUCCCCAUGCUCCUUCCGAGAAGUUAAACCCAGAAGCUCUGCACCCCAGGCACCGCCCCGAAACCGCACCCGCUCCAACCCUAACUUAUCAACAAACAGCAGAACCCAGUCGGGGACACUGCUAAUUGAAAGUCCAAGUCCAAGUCUCUCUUCCCUCCAGGCUCCAGAGAGGCCUCCCAGAGCCAAGGACAAAAAGGAAGGCUAUGGCCUCCAGAGGCAUGCAUCUCUUCCAGCACUAGAAGCCAGGCCACCUACGGGAAAGUCACCAAAGCUGGGACUGCUAAAGCUCUUCCGCAGGCAAUCCUGGACUGGCCAUUCAUACUCCCAGCUGGAUAACACAGUGUUAGGACCCACACUAGGAGAGAUCAUGAAGCCAGAUACUCCCACCAUGUCGCUAAGGAAGAAAAUGAGAGCUUCAGCCUCCAGCCUGACCAAGCUGUUUUCAAGGUCUUCUAGUAAAGAGGACGUGAGUAAAGGAGGGCCUAUAGUAAAAGGAUCAUCUCCCAUCCCACCUGAAAGGCACCGAGGCAGUUGUCUAGAGAGUCCAAAAAAGAGGUCCUCUAAACUAUUGCCUUCUUUAAAAAUACCUGCAUUCAUAAAAUCGAAAGACCUGCCAGUCCGUCCAAACAAGGCUGAAGUAUUCCAGUUAGAUGGAGGUGGAGUCCUGCUGGUUUGGAGGCCGGUCAAGUCUAAUGACCGAGUCACCUACUGUGUUCAGUACUGUACAGAUGGAGGGGAAUGGACAGUUUUGUCAGAGGAUGUUACUGACAGCUGCUAUGUGGUGAAGGACUUACCCAGAGGAGCUUCUUACGUGUUCAGAAUGGGAUGCAUCACCAAGACAGGAGCAGGACCCUUCAGUGAUGCUUCAGCACCUGUUGUCAUGGCUACACAUCCUGAAGAGACUCACAUUCCUCUGAUCCAGACUGAGUCAUUGGGGUCAAAGGCUGUUGGACCAGGUCAACAAACAACGAAGCACAAGAACUACAAUUUCCUCUCUGAGAUCAACAGAGGUCGUUUCAGCGUCAUAACCCUGUGCAGGGAUUCUGAGACCAGCCAAGUGUUUGCUGCCAAGAUCACUCCUUACCAGGCCGAGCAGAGACAGUUGGUCCUACGGGAAUACCAGCUGCUGAAGAGGCUUCAUCACCCACAUCUGGUGCAGCUGCACACAGCGUACAUCACCUCCCGAUACCUGGUGUUAGUGGAGGAGCUGUGUCCCGGCAAAGAGCUGCUCUACAGUCUGUCAGCAAGAGAUCUGUAUUCAGAGACUCAAGUCGCAGAGCUGCUGGUUCAGAUUCUGAGUGCAGUCGACUACCUUCACAGCCGUCGAGUCAUCCACCUGGACCUGAAGUCUGACAACAUGCUGGUGGAUGAUGGUAACCAUCUGAAGAUAGCUGACUUUGGCUCAGCUCAGUCCUUCACACCGGGUCAACCUCUUCAAAUCGAGCAUAUUCACGGCUUUUCGGACAACAAAGACUGCCGCAGCAAAGUUUAUAUUGUCCUUCCUAAAGCUCCGGAAAUCUUGGAAGGUCAGGGUGUCGGGCCGGAGACUGACAUCUGGGCCAUAGGAGUCCUGUCAUUCAUCAUGUUGAGCGCUGACAGCCCGUUUGAUGCAGAGCACAGCUGGGAUCAAGACAAAAACAUCAAGAAAGGGAAGAUCCAGUUUGGACGAUGUUACCCCGGUCUGUCGGAGGGAGCCUUAAACUUCAUGAAAAGCAGCCUGAAUAAUAAAUCCUGGGGGAGGCCCACUGCAGCAGAGUGUCUCCAGAACCCAUGGCUGCGUGCACAUCGUGUCCCACACAAAGCCCGACCCUCCAAAGUGUGUUUCUCCACAGACAAGCUCAAAGAUUACCUCAAGCAGAAGGAGGAGAAGCGGGACGAGGUCCACACCAAGCUCCAGGGUCCUUUCUUCCAGUAAAGACACACUGCAGAGGUUUCUUUUCAGCAGCACAUGAAUGUUUCCUGUAUUACCCGACUCUUGUUCAAAUCACUUCAGUAUCCUCUGAUUUUGAAAAGGUGAUCCGUCUUAAUGAGUUUUUGUUUAUUUAUCCAUUAGCUUGUACAUGAGAGUGUGCUGCAUCUGUUGUUCAUUGGCAUGAAUGGAAACAUCAAGGAUACGGUUUAGCCUCAGCAGUGAAUGCAUCAGAUGUAAUAUUUUGAUUUUAGUGACAUAAGAAACUGUUGCUUUCUCCGCAGUAACAGACGGGCAGAUUUAGCCUUAAAGUGAAAAUAGUAUCACUGCUAUUCUUCUUCAUAAGUGAGUGAGUGAGUGAGUGAGUAAUUUAUUAUAAAUACUCUAAUGUGCCAUGUUUUGCCCUAAAGCUCUGGGGAAUCAAUUAGAUUAAAGAUUAUUUUGGGAAAUGUGUUAUUCUUAAAAUUGGAAUGAUUUAGAAAAUAAAAAGAGACAUUAAAUGGUACCAAA